AUACCCUACGGUUUAAAGAUAAACUUUUUGUGACAUGUGGCUUAUAACAUAUAAAAUUAUUCCAAGGCACCUUAAUAUACUUUAUACAAAUUUAGAAGCCAAUUUCCAAGAACCUACCUUUUGCUCCCCACCGUUCAUCCGUGCAUGUACCGGUCCAUCCAUAUAUAUAUACACGCCAAUAUACCAUCAACCCACAAACCACUUCACAUAAAAGUCCCAUAUCCAAAUAAUGGAACAUUUCAAUUUGUGCUCCUCCUCCUCCUCCUCCUCCGAUUCAUCUUCUUCAGACACUUCUCAUUCGCCUCACAAAACCCAGCACUCUACCGGUCUUCAUACGAUCAAGGGUCCAUGGACUAGUGAAGAAGACAAGAUCCUUACUCGACUUGUUGAACGUUCCGGGCCCUGUAACUGGUCGCGUAUUAGUAAGUACAUCAAGGGUCGAUCAGCUAAGUCCUGUAGACUUCGAUGGUGUAAUCAGCUUUGCCCCAAUGUCCACCAUCGACCCUUUUCUUGCGAUGAAGAUAACACCAUUUUGGUCGCGCAUGCCCAGUAUGGGAACAGAUGGGCAACUAUUGCUCGAUUGUUACCUGGUCGGACAGAUAAUGCAGUGAAGAACCAUUGGAACUCUACGUUGAAGAGACGGCGGUUUGAGAAUCAGGAGGUGGUUGCUGACGGUGGUGAUUUUAAGAUGAGUUUGAACUGUGGUAGUACUAGUUUUUCUACAUCCGGAUCUCCGUCGAAUGUGGGUGCUGCCGCCGCUGUUGAGUAUGACCCGAUGACUACUUUGUCUCUUGCACCGCCGGGGAUGGGUGGAUGUGAAACGACGGAGGGAUUACCGACUGAGUUUUGGGAUGUGUUGAGGGAUGUAAUCGCCAGGGAGGUUAGGGAGUAUCUUUCAACUUCGUUCCCCGAGACUUCUACGUUCCAUUGACAAUUGUUUUUCUUUUUGUUUUUCUUUUUUUAAAGAUAACUAAAUGUGGAUGAUUUAUUAAAUUGCAACAUUUUCAUCUUGAUGUUAAUUAUAGAUAAUGUUAAAUAGUUAAUUAACAAGUUGAGUCUUGAAUUA